AUGAAUACCUGGAGAAACAAGGAAGGAGUCCCAUGCUCACCCCCCCAUCUGGUCGGGGACCCCUACUAUCCCGAUCAAGAAACAAAAUAUCAAUUCGUCGCAUCAGGAAACUCUACAGAAGACGAAGAACCAAUGGAAGACCCAUUGGAAGAAGAGGCAAUAGAAGAAGAAAAAUCUGACACAGAGGAUGAAGAACCCAUGGAGGCCGAAAGGACCCCUACCUCCAGGCCCUCCCCUCCAAGCCCUUACAGGGGUAUUCUAAGAGGUGUUAGAAAAACCCGUCAGACUGCCAGGAAAAGCACCCUCAACCACAAAGGAAUUCAGAAACAUGGUCACGCACUGUCUGAGAGCAUGAGGAAGAACCUAAGAAAUCCAUCCUGGUUGAACGCAUUUGCGGAAGAAAGAAUUUCGGGAGAGAGAAUCACCACCCGAUAUGAAGACGGGCAAGGCUCGGGAGUGCGUCCCCUGCCCAAUGAUCACGUUGGAUCUUUAAGUGGAUUGUUCGACCAUGUCUUGAAAUUGGAGAAGCAGGCUAGGGUAUCGGCAAGGGAAAUCAAAGAAGGUGAAAAUAACACAACUCAUCUAGCCUGGAGAGCAGGAAGACUAGAGACUCAGCUAACCCAACAUCAGAAUGCACUAACAGAGAUGCGGGGGUUGCUUGACGCGGAAAUCGCUACUAGGAUGCAGCAAGAUACCCUCAUGGUUGAGGCGGAUCUUCAAGCUCAAGCGACUCUUAUUAGGGUAGGGGUUAGUGAAGAAGAAAUUAUGACCAUAAACGGGAGGCUAGAUGCAAUCGGAGUUCAACUUGCGGAAGUUACCAGGGCAUUAGGGACUUACCUACGACAAGGAUGA